CGGCGGUAGUUGAGAGAACCAUUCGAAUAAGAGCAUUCGUGGUGUAUGGACGGUAUUUUCGGUGGGUGCGCUAAGAAGUUGGGAUCGGUUUGGGAGUAGCAUCAGUGUUGGAGUUUUUUCUUCUCUUAAAUUCAAAGUGUUUUCGUGGCCGCGAAGUUUCUGUGAAAAAAAAAGUGAAUAAAAAAUAUCACUGAAAAAUCCGCUAAAGGAUUUUCUUCAUCGUUUUUUAGUGGUUCCAACAUUUUGUGGUGAGAGAUCAUUUUGGAGAGACGGAAGUACAUCUCUGGUGGAUUUUAUUUUUUUACUAUACAUACAACGAGCUGACGUGCUCUGGUGAAAGUGCUGGCGGAAAGACGAAGAGGAAUUUUAAUAAGAAAUUUUAAUUAACUCUUGGAGAACUGUUUUUUCUUGAGAAUUAAUCUUGAAGAGACUUUCUGUGUGUGAUUAGUGUUAGCCACACCUCGAAGCAGCAACGAGCGAUCUCAGAAAAUUUUCCCAUCUCUAAAAAAAAUCAUAUAUAGGCAGAAAUCAUGACUGUGAGCAAGAUCCAGAUGGCUCAGCCGGCACUUGUGAAGAGGAACCCACGGAAUAGGAGUAUUCUCAAUAUUGGGGAUACUCAGAGGGCAAUGCAGACUCAACCUGACCUUGCCAGUACACGCCGGUGUCUCUUCGGCAAAGCUCCAGAGGGGGAGAAUAAUAAGAUUGCGCAGGAAGAAUUAAAGAAAUUCGAAAAGGAUGGCUAUGAGAGAAUAAAGAAUCGAUUUGGGUAUGAUAUAAAAACCGGACGACCUGUUGAGGAGGACCCCAAGGAGACGAAUGCUGUUGCAUCUGAACGUCUCCAGGAGAGUGAUGGUGACCCAAGUGCCGAGGCAUUGGGUGACAAUCUCAAGUCAGAGUGUCCAAGAAGUGAAGAAGGGAAGGAUACAGUGAAGGCGCAGGGCAUGUGCAAUGGUGCCAGUGCAAGGAAAACGAGGAAAGAAAUCUCAUCCACUGAGAAGAGUCGUCGUGUUAAGCCCUAUGGCCGACCAACUAAGCAGACACAAAUCACAGAUCACUUCAAGGCAGAACGAAAGACCGCGAGAUCAAGGAAGUCCAGCAUAGAGUCCAAGGAAAAGCGCUAAAGGGGGUCAUCCUGUGAGUUAUCCUCUUCAUGCGCAUCAUGGGUUUGGUGCAGUAAAAAAAUUUUCAUAAAAAAACAAAUUAAUUUCUUUGUAAGAAAACAAAAAAAGCAUAUAUGCAGUUUUUAUCGUGAAACCAUUUGAGAAAGAACACACAAAAAGAGCAAAGGAGUGUUAAUUUAUAUUGAUGGUAAAAACAAGAAAUGAUCUCGAAUAUUUAAUUUAGAAAAAGAAAAUAAUUUAUCUUAUUGUGUUUAGUUAUUAGGAACUAUUUAAUUUUGCUUGAAUAAAAAAACGUACAUAAUAUAUAAAAAAGAGAUAAAAUAUAAGAUUGAAAAAAACUCACUGAAGCUGAGAAAUUUCGGGAAGAAAUAGAAUUUAACUUCGGUUUUCAAUAUUCAUUUCGUUUUUAACUUUAACGCGAAAAAAAAGGUGGUUAAAGUGAGGGAGUUGGUUGAGUGAGGAAAAUUGUUGCACUGCGCGGAGAAAUUAACGAUUUUUCCUCAAUUUUUUGUGAAUUUUUAAAUAUUUCUUAACGAUCGUUUUAAUAAUGAAAACAUGAUUAGAAAUAUUUGAAAAUAUUACAAAUUUUGAGGUGAAUUUGAGACAUUCUUUUUCCAACAGUGCAAUAGAGGAGAUUUGGGACCAAAUUCAGCGCUAAAAAGCUUCUUCUCUCACUUUGACCCCCAUCGAAACGGUCCAUCACAUUUUGAGAUUUAUAUUUUUUUUCCAAAUUUAAUCCCUUCACCCCAGUGAAAAUUAUCUCAAGGUUCAAUGAACAACACACUGAAAAACCCUUCUCAAUUGUAUUGUGAUAUCGAAAGGUGACAUAAGUGUUUAAGUUAGAAAUUCCACCUUAAAAUAAUUUCAUGUCAUCAUUAAAAAAAUUCCAGUUCAAUUGACAAUUUGUUGUGAAAGAGGAGCUCAGCUGAAGAAAAUGAAUUUAACACAAAAAAAAUCCUCUGCAGAGGGAUUUUGCAAUCACACAGCGCUCUGUAGAUAAAAUUAAUUUUCCUCACAGAAAGUCUCAAUAUUGUUUAGUUAAAGAACAUUUCCUGGACAAAGGACCGAGAUUGUGUGUCAUUGCAAAAGCCCCACAACCUGCAUAAUAAUAAAAAGUAAACAUUUCAAUUAAAGGCUCCAUAUGUGUGGGCAUUGAUGUUAAUUAAGAGAACAAGAAUUUGUAUAAAUAUUGUAACAAAUGUGAGAAUUUCCCACCGUGGUCACCCAAGAACUUCAAAUUGAACUGCCUUAUCUUCAACGUGUUGUUUACCCCUUCCUCUUCCCUUGUUAAAUGUAAUUCUUAGAGUGAAAAAAAAUCCCAACAAUUUGAAUUAAAAGAAACAUGAGAGAAAAAAAGAACGAGAAACACUGAUUGGAUUAAUUUUUUUUUCUUAAUUGUAAAUUCUUGCUAAAGAAAAAAACCCCGCGUGGUUUUGGCAAGAGACUCUUGUACAGUACAAAAUUCUCCUAAAAAAUCUUUUGAUUGCAUUUUUUUUACCCCUCUAUUGAGAUAAUCAAAAUAUUUUUUAAUUCUUUGAAUUGUGAUACGACUCUAUCUAAGCUCAUUUCUUCAUUUUUUUUGUUAACCUGGAUUUUCUUGCAAUUUUCAUCACAACUUUUUUGGUACAAUUAUAUAUAAUAAAGCAGAUCACUUAUGCUCAGUUCUUUGCUAAUAUAAUAUGUUGCGGAAAUUACCGAAUAGAUUUUCUUUUCGUUUCGUGUGUGUGUGGAAACUCAAAAAAUUUGCAGAAAGAAUUCAGAGGAAGUUUGGAAAAUUCGAAUUAUUACUGGUAAAAAUGAAAACUUGAAAUUAAACUAAGCGUCCUUUUCUUAAAAUUAAAACCAAAAAGUUUGGUUAUAAAUUUCAGUCUUGAAUUAAAUUUUGAAUAAAAACGGAAAAUAGAAAGAUUUAAGAACUCAAAUUAUGUAAAAAUCUUUUAUAAUAACAGUCAAAUUGUAAAAGAAGAAAAGAUUUUUGACAGAAUGAACCCUUUACAAAAAAAAUUCAAAUCAAACGGAAAUAUAUCAUUUUCUGAACUUUUUCUGCAUCAAUAAUUUCUACCCUCAAAAAUAUUUAGAUUCUUUAUCCAAGAAAUUUGUAAAAUAGUUUAUUAAAUAUACAUCACUCCGUGGAUAAAUCACGUGUUUGUGUGAAUUUUGCAUUAAUAUUCUUUCCCAUAGGAUAAUGCAAAAUAAAAAAAAUAUUUUCCACAACAAAUAAGAAGAAAAACUCCCAAUCACACGACACGAAUGUGAGGAAGAGAUCUUUUGGCAUUAAGAAUUUUCUUAAAACUAUUAAAAGUUGAAAAGAAAAUAAAAAUCAUCCUAAGUAUUUUGUAAAUAGUAAAAGAGAAGAAUUUGCGAUUGAUCUUCUCUUCCUUUUUUUUGGUAUUUAAGGUUGCAUACAAAUUUGUCUUUUAGCAUUUAAUAGAGAUCGAGUGCGCAAGAGAAAAUAAUUUAUGGAUGAGAAUGGAGACUUUCAGAGCCAAUGUUGAGUGUCCAUUCUCUGAAAUAUAUAAUGAAUAAACAAUAAAGAAAACAUUUCUGAAGAAAAAA